AAUGAGUGAAGCGGUGGGUUGGGUACGAAAGGACGAAAGCUGGGAGAUGCUUUCACGUCACGGCAUCGACAUUAAUAUGAUCGUUUCGUAGGGAGGGAAGGGGAAAAAGGAAGGAGGGUAUCAUGGCAACAGCAGAUCUUGUAGUUUUAUUAGGGGCGCCAUGGCUUCAUGGGUCCGUCAAGUGCCAAUUUUACUUCAUGUUGUUUUUGGCAAUGGGGCAAAUAGGAGCCAGCACUGACAGCGUCUGUCCCCGCUUAUCCAUCACCCCCUUGCUCUCCAUUCUACCAUUUUCUCCAUUUUCUUCUGCAUCUUCUGCAAAUGGUUCCUGGCGAUGCAUGGAUCCUUGCCAGGAUAACCAGGGGUGCCUGUUCGAGUGCGCCCAGCAAUUGCCCAGUUCUUCUUGGUCGGAUUUUUGCACAGACAGCGUUAGGCUUACUGGACUGCUUGGUACAUCUAAUAUGCAGUCCUCCAGUAGCUGGCAUACCUAGCACCUAGUAGUCAUCCUUGGAUGGCACCUAAGCAGGCAAGGUAAUUUUUUCAGACUACGCCCGCCACGGUGUCUCGCUGUUCAUCAGACCAUAUCAAACUCCGAAUAUUGAACAGAAAACAGAAAAAGUAAAUAUCCAUCUUGGGUGGAAAAUGAGUACUGCAUAAUCGCUUAGGCGUGACCGCACUACCGGAUUGGUAGAACAUGUUCAAGAAAAUGAUGAAUAAGGGGCG